AGGUGUUGUGUUCGGCAUGCCUCUCACAGAGGAAGCAAUAGCUCAGAUUUAUCAACUCAUCGUGUUCCUCAGCAAAAAUCUGCAUGUGGAGGGUCUGUUUCGGGUUCCUGGUAACAGCCUGAGACAGCAGAUGCUGAGAGAGCAGCUCAACAGUGGCGCCGACAUCGACUUCUCCUCCGGUGACUUCCAUCCCAACGAUGUGGCCACGCUCCUCAAGAGCUUCCUGGGAGAGCUGCCCGAGCCCCUGCUGACCCAGCGGCACCUGCACGCUCACCUGAAGAUCACAGAGCUCAGCCUGUUCGACGAUCACGGCAAUAAGACGAGUCUGCCGGAUAAAGAGCGUCAGAUCGAGGCACUGCAGCUGCUGCUGAUGCUGCUGCCCACCGCUAACCGAAGCCUGCUCAAGCUGCUGCUGGACCUGCUCUACCACACCGCCAAACAACAGCACAAGAACAGGAUGUCUGCGCACAACCUCGCGCUCAUGUUCGCCCCCCACGUCAUCUGGCCCAACAACAUGAAUGCCACUGACCUUCAGGAGAACCUGACGAAACUGAACAGCGGCAUGGCGUUUCUCAUCAAACACUCACAGAAGAUCUUUCGGGCACCGGUGUAUCUGAGGGAACAUGUGAGACUUCAGUUCGCAGACACCAGCAUGAUUCACUCCAAGGAUGAUCUGGAGCUGCUGUCAGUCGGCGGUUCUCCGUUCAUGUCGGCGUGGAAGAGGAGUGCAGCACGAGUGCGGUCAGACUCGGACAGUCACACUGAAGAGGCGCUUCGAGAGCUCUAUCGACACGUCACCCAUCACAUGCCAAACUCCGCCAAGAAGAAAAAACUCAUCCGACAGCUUGGCAAGCAGUCGACUCCUGGCACUCCUGUGAGUGAGAACACGACUCCUACCAGUAAAAAACACACGCGCUCGCGCUCCUUCGGUGGGCUUAUCAAGAAGAAGGUUUUGGGGAGCCAGCCUGCCGCAGACAGGAGGGGGAAGGAGAACAUCAGCUGUGAUCCAGUGAGCAGAAUGCCCUCAGCACCGGGUUCAGUGCCUUAUAUGUCUAUAUUGUGAGUUCUGCCCGAAUAGAAGACUUCACUCUAGACGACCAGAGGAGAUAGUUUAUAUUUUAAUUAUUUAUUUAUUUAGUUUUAACAUACUAAAAGUUGAGACUAAUUUUCAUUUAAUGUGUGAAUUCUUUUUUUUUUUAAUUCGCUGUAUGGUUUUAAACUGUUACGUCAGGUGUUGAUGGGUAAACCACUAGUCAGUUCCUCUGGCCGUUUAAACUGACCCAUGAUACGAUUAACUCACUCAGCUCAUUCAUAUUGCCGGUGUUUGUAUGUGUAAAUAUAUUUGCGUGUGUGGAAACGUGUGCUGAUGUCUGGACCAUAUGUAACUCGCAUUAUUCACUCAGUUUAUGCUGUAAUCAGAUUUUAAGGGAACGAUAGACAACAUUUACUCACAAAAGUGUAUUACUGUCAUUUAGAGAUCUGUGAGAAUAUAAACCGGUGCUUGUUUACAUAUUGUCUAAAUAACACUGUGAACGUUCAAAAUAUGGUAUUUUGUGACCAGAACAAGACAAAUGGGAUUUUAUUUUCAAAACUUGAUGUCGCUUUUCUGGCCCAAAUCAUCAGCCGACUAAAUGUGAUUUAACCACGAAGUCAAAUAGGUUCAUGUAUUUUUGUAU